AUCCAUCCCACGUCUAUACGGGUCCCCAACAUCACAACCUCGCACAGCAGUGGUUAUGAAACGGAGGCAGUGUGAACCCAGCAUAGCUACUAUAACAGAUCCUUCCUGCGGCGAAUGGGUAUUGACAAUUUCUGCAGUUUGGACGGUUCUGAUCCAUUUUGGGAUUGGAACCGGACAUGGCAAACACACAAUCCAGACCUGACACCAUGUUUCCAGAACACAGUGCUGGUUUGGAUACCAUGCCUCUACCUCUGGCUGUUUGCACUGUUAUACAUCCUAUACCUCAAAAGAAAUGACCGUGGAUACAUAUGCAUGACCCACCUCAACAGAGCCAAAACAGCUAUUGGGUUUACCCUAUGGCUUAUCUGCUGGGCAGAUGUUUUCUACUCUUUCUGGGAAAGAAGCCAUGGUGCUACAAUAGCCCCAGUCUACCUAGUCAGCCCUACAAUGCUUGGCGUUACAAUGUUGCUGGCUACGUUCUUGAUCCAGUAUGAGCGGAUGAAGGGGGUCCAGUCCUCAGGGGUGAUGCUCAAUUUUUGGCUGAUCACCAUAGUGUGUGCUACAGUCACCUUUCACUCCAAGAUUCUGCAUGCAUUGAAUGAGCCUGCCAGUGUGAAUGUGUUCAAAUAUACCACUUUCUACAUAUAUUACACCAUGCUGCUCAUCUCCCUGAUCCUGGCCUGCUUGUCCGAUCAGCCUCCGCUCUUUUCACAGGCUGUCAGAGACUUGAAUCCAUGUCCAGAGUCGGGAGCUUCAUUCCUCUCCAGAAUCACUUUCUGGUGGAUCACGGGAUUGAUGGUGACGGGUUACAAAAGGCCUCUGGAAGAGAAGGAUCUGUGGUCGCUCAACACAGAGGAUAAGUCUCAAAGAGUGGUGCCACAGCUGGUGCGCCGCUGGGACCAAGAAUGCAACAAGGUCAAAAGGCCAGUAGAUAAGACACUCUACUCCCCAAAAAGAUCAGCAAGGGAAGAAAAGAAGGAUGGACAACCAAUUGAAGAGUCAGAGAUUUUGCUUGUGAAAACCCUUAAAAAAACAGGCGACCCUUCUCUCUUCUGCGCUCUCUGCCGAACCUUUGGACCGUAUUUUCUAGUCAGCUCUCUGUAUAAGAUUGUUCAUGACAUCCUGAUGUUUGUUGGGCCGGAGAUUCUCAGGCUACUGAUCCAGUUUGUGAAUGAUUCAAGUGCCCCCGAUUGGCAUGGCUACUUCUACACCACCCUGCUGUUCGUUUGUACCUGCGUGCAAACCCUCAUUCUGCAGAAAUAUUUCCACGUUUGCUUUGUGACCGGCAUGAGGUUACGUACGGCCAUUGUUGGUGCUGUGUACAGGAAAGCCUUAGUCAUUACCAAUGCUGCCCGGCGAACAUCCACUGUCGGAGAGAUUGUGAAUCUGAUGUCUGUAGAUGCUCAGCGUUUUAUGGACCUCAUCACCUAUAUCAACAUGAUUUGGUCAGCACCUUUGCAGGUUAUCCUGGCCCUUUAUUUCCUGUGGCAGAAUCUGGGACCUUCUGUGCUUGCUGGAGUUGCUGUGAUGGUGCUAAUGGUUCCUCUAAAUGCAGUCAUUGCCAUGAAAACUAAAACUUACCAGGUUGCCCAAAUGAAAAGCAAGGACAAUAGGAUCAAGCUUAUGAAUGAGGUGCUGAACGGCAUUAAAGUGCUUAAACUCUACGCAUGGGAACUGGCGUUCAAAGACAAAGUGUCUGCCAUCCGAGAGAGUGAAUUGCGUGUGCUUAAGAAGACUGCUUACCUUGGUGCUGUGUCCACCUUUACUUGGGUCUGCGCACCAUUUUUGGUUGCCCUCUCCACAUUCGCAGUAUAUGUGUUAGUGGAUGAACAUAAUAUUCUGGAUGCACAGAAGGCAUUUGUUUCUCUGGCCUUGUUCAACAUCCUGCGCUUCCCUCUUAAUAUGUUGCCCAUGGUCAUCAGCAGCAUGGUGCAGGCCAGUGUGUCUAUGAAGCGCCUGCGUGUGUUUCUGUCCCAUGAGGAGUUGGAUGAAGACAAUGUGGAGAGGCCAGCCAUCAGUUCAUCUCCAGACAGCAUCAGGAUUGUGGACGGAGCUUUCAGCUGGUCUAAAGGCGACUCCCCUACUUUGAAGAGGAUUAAUGUGCGUAUUCCUGAGGGGGCGUUUGUUGCUGUGGUAGGGCAUGUGGGUUCAGGGAAAUCCUCUCUGCUUUCAGCUUUGCUGGGAGAGAUGCAGAAGCAAGAAGGAUCUGUCUCGAUCAAGGGCUCUGUGGCUUACGUGCCUCAGCAGGCCUGGAUUCAAAACGCCACUCUCAAAGACAACAUUUUGUUUGGACGGGACGGAAAAGACAGCUGGUACCAGAAGGUGGUGGAGGCGUGUGCUCUCCUACCAGACCUGGAGAUCCUACCUGGAGGAGACUCGACAGAGAUUGGGGAGAAGGGCGUGAAUCUGUCUGGAGGUCAGAAACAGCGGGUGAGUGUGGCCAGGGCUGUGUACUGCAACUGUGCAGUGUAUCUGCUGGAUGACCCGCUCUCUGCCGUGGACGCUCAUGUGGGAAAACACAUCUUUGAGAAGAUCAUCGGACCUCAGGGGUUGCUACAGGGCAGAACUCGUGUUCUGGUGACGCACGGGCUGAGCUUCCUGCCCCAGGCUGACCUGAUCUUGGUGAUGGUGGAUGGAGAAAUCACAGAGAUGGGCUCUUACACUGAGCUGCUGGGCAGACAAGGCGCUUUCGCUGAGUUCCUGCAUACCUACACCAACACGGAGCAGGAGGAGGUGGAGGAGUCAGUGGGAGAGGAGGGAUGGGAGGCGGAGGACGAAAAAGGGAAAUCUGAAGAAGCAGUCCCACGGAAAGGACUUGAGAAUGGGGGUCCUGCUGCCAUGUUGGGGCAGAGUCUGAACUCUCUCAAUGCAGCAGGCACAGGUAAAACCCCACAGAAAACUGAACCUAAUGAUGUUGCGACCGCAAAGAAGACCAAAUCUGCAGAAGCUGCCCGACUAACUGAGGCUGACAAGGCCAACACUGGCAGGGUGAAGCUGUCUGUGUUUUGGGAGUACAUGAAGGCUAUCGGCUUGCCCCUGUCCAUCUUCAGUAUCUUUCUGUUCUUCUGUCAUCAUCUGUCCUCUCUGGGCUCAAACUACUGGCUCAGUCUCUGGACAGAUGACCCUGUUAUCAACAACACACAGCCCAACAGAGAGAUGCGUUUAGGGGUGUAUGGAGCCCUCGGAAUCUCACAAGGCAUUGCAGUGUUCUGCUAUUCUGUGGCGGUGUCGGUUGGUGGGAUCUUAGCCUCCCGCUACCUGCACCAGACGAUGCUCUACAACAUCCUGAGAUCACCCAUGUCUUUCUUCGAACGCACACCCAGUGGCAAUCUGGUCAACCGCUUUGCCAAAGAGACAGACACCAUUGACUCGGUCAUCCCUAGCAUCAUAAAAAUGUUCAUGGGCUCAAUGUUUAAUGUGCUGGGCUCAUGUGCUGUCAUCCUCAUUGCCACGCCACUGGUAGCCAUUAUCAUCCCACCGCUGGGCCUGUUCUACUUUUUUGUACAGCGUUUUUACGUGGCGUCCUCUCGGCAGCUGAAACGACUGGAGUCUGUGAGCCGCUCUCCUGUCUACACACACUUCAACGAGACACUGCUGGGCACCAGUGUGAUCAGAGCAUUUGGAGAGCAGCAGCGCUUCAUCACAGAGAGUGACGGCAGAGUGGACCACAACCAAAAAGCUUAUUUCCCCAGCAUUGUAGCCAACCGAUGGUUGGCAGUGAGGUUAGAGUUUGUGGGAAACCUUAUUGUGACAUCUGCAGCGCUUUUUGCUGUGAUGGCCAGGGACAGUCUGAGUCCAGGUAUCAUGGGGCUGUCCAUCUCUUAUGCGCUGCAGGUCACAGCAUCUCUGAACUGGCUGGUGCGGAUGUCGUCUGAGCUGGAAACUAGCAUAGUGGCGGUGGAGAAGGUGAAGGAAUAUGGAGACACAGAGAAAGAGGCUGAAUGGAGGUUGGAGCACUCCACUCUGCCUGCUGGCUGGCCGACCGCUGGUCAUAUUGAAAUCCACAACUUUGGCUUGAGAUACAGAGAGGACUUAGAGCUGGCUAUUUCUGAUAUCUCGGUCAACAUUGAGGGAGCAGAAAAGGUGGGAAUUGUGGGUAGGACAGGAGCAGGAAAGUCCUCUUUGACAUUAGGGCUCUUCCGCAUCAUCGAGGCAGCUCAAGGGGAGAUCCGUAUAGAUGGAGUCAACAUUGCUGAGCUGGGCCUGCAUGAGCUACGAUCCAGAAUCACAAUCAUUCCUCAGGAUCCAGUGCUGUUCUCUGGUUCCUUGCGUAUGAAUCUGGACCCCUUUGAUGGCUACACUGAUGAGGAGGUCUGGAGAGCUCUGGAACUCGCACAUCUCAAGAACUUUGUGUCUGGCCUGCCUGACAAACUCAACCAUGAGUGUUCAGAGGGAGGAGAGAAUCUCAGUUUGGGUCAGCGGCAGCUGGUUUGCCUGGCUCGAGCUCUCCUCAGGAAGACCAAGAUUCUGGUUUUGGAUGAAGCCACUGCAGCUGUAGACCUGGAGACGGACAAUCUGAUACAGUCCACUAUCCGAACUCAAAACUUCAAGAAUAUUAAAUAA